GCUGAAUGUGAUCUCUGGUCAACAACUCUCACAUGAGCUGCGUAGGAACCACUCUGGAUGUUGGUUGUCGUAGUCAAAGUGUCCGAUCAGGCACAAUCUGCUUAGAAUAAAACAAACCUACAUUUUCACUCAGCCUGGGACAGAAAGCAGCAGAGAAGAGCUCCCGCUGGUCAUGGCAAAGAAGUCAACUCCAGGCUGGUUUGGAGUUUUUCUCUCUACAACGACCAUAGCCAUUAUUGUGGUCAGCGCUCAGCAUUCCCAGGGCCGGUUUCACCGUUUCACCAGGGCCUCCGAGCCUCUUGGGACACCUGCCCGUAUUUUAAGGGUUUACCUGAGCAAAGAUCAGCUCAGACUGCUGCACUUCAAGCCCACUAUAGGCUCCAUCCAGCUGUCAGAGGGCCAUGAGGCCAAAUUCAACUGCUCCAUCGACAUCCCAGAUGCCAGGUUGGAGCCCACCAUUGUCUGGGUGAAGAACGGCCAGGACCUGGCGGGAAAUAUACAGGUGGUGAUCAAUGAUCUCCAGACCAUCACAGACGGGGUCAUAACUCUCCUCUCCACUGUCAGCAUUAGCCACGUGCAGCGCGUGGAUGCAGGGGAGUAUCGCUGCAGACUGAAUAUCAGCAACACAAUGGUUGAGUCGCAGCCAAUCACCAUCAUGGUGGAAGGUCUACCGACAUUUCUCUAUCAACCAGAGGACAGGAACGUAACAAGACACACACCUUUCAUGCUGUCAUGUGAGGCGGUAGGACCUCCAGACCCUGUUAGAAUCCGCUGGCUCCGUGAUGGAUCACCGGAUAGUGACUUUCAUAACUCUCCCAGCAGCUACUCCGUUUCAGGUGAGACACCCCCCACACAGUCUCUCUCUCCCUCUUUCCCACACAUACAGAGGACGUGUGUUGCUACGUACAACCGCUAUACUCCUUUCCUCGUCUUUCUUGCUGUUCUCCUUACACAUUAUUCUGAAUGACACCUUGAAUCAUAAAGAAAGAAGCUGAAGAUGUGCUGACAUAGAUUCAUACUUUGUUUGCUUAUCGUUCUGAAUUAAGCUAAAGGAGCUGAAGAAGUAAUUUCCUC